AUGCACAAACGAACGUCCACUUUAGAAGAAUCCGAGUUCAUCCAAGGAGGCUCACACGAUGAUGCCAAUACAAACGCUCACGCCAACAUUAACAGCGUGCAAAACAUUGCGGUGGGAGACUGUGAUUCCACCGAAUGCAAGCUGUCCUUGAAUAACAAUCAGAACACGAUUGAUCUCAAGACAGAGCAAGAAGAACGAGAUGAACUUCCGCUCUUGAGCUGCCUCAGUUAUUCUACGGAAAGCGAUGACAUUUCAGCGGAAGAGUCUUCUGCUGCCACCACAGCUGUGACAUUGGAGGCUUCCGAAUCAUCACCAAAACCCAAAACUUUGAAAUCGGUCAGUUUCAGCCAUUGUUCGAUUCGAUCCUACAAUCAAAUCUUGGGCGAUCAUCCCUUGUGUGCCGUGGGAUGUCCGCUGGCCUUGGGAUGGAAGGUGGUGCGAGAAGAGGCUCUGUCUGUGGACGAUUACGAAACCAUUCGGGAACCUCUUCGCAAAAAGAAGGGCCUGAAAUCGCCAAGCCAACACCGACGCAAAGUGUACGGUGGACACUCCCCCAUGGAAGCUUCCUUCAAGUACCUCAAUUCGCAAUUGAAAUUGUCGGCCGAGGAGCGACGUGAAAAGUUGAGUGACUACAGCGAUACUCUGAUCCGCAAGGAGUGGAGUCGUAGGCAAAAACAGUCUCGCCGAGGUCUGAUCAAGGAAGGCAUGAGGCAAUUCCGACAGGUUGGAGCCCAUUAUGCUGGGUACUAA